AUGAAACCGUCAAUUUCUAUAGCCAAUCCCCGGAGAGCGCCAACUAGAAGGGAGACAACUCCACUUCCCCAUCCGCAGGCCCGAUAUUUGCCUUUUUCGCGACUCCCGCCACCAGUACUUUGUCCAUUUCUUUUUCAUAUUCAACUGGUCAGUUGGGAAAUCAGUCCGUUUUUUAUCUGUCCACUCUCUUUGUCCCACAUCGAAUUUCUUUCUAUCUGUAUCCCUUUUUCUAUCUCUGUAUCCUUUCAUCUUAGCGCUUUCUUCUCUGUCGAUUUUCAGUUCUCCUCUUUUCUCUUGAUCUAUCUAGUUUCCCGUUGUGUUUUCUUUAUUUCUCUCGCUCUUUCUCUUCUCUUCUCCUACCCUCUCUUCGUUGUCGCUCUGCGAUUUUUCUGCCCUCUUUUCUCUCUCACUCUUCAUUUUUUUUCAUUCUCUCAUUCCAUUUGUUUCGCCUCCUCUCUGUUUUCUCCCUCUCCCUCUAUUCGUUUUACAUUCCCACUUUUUCCCCUUCUCUACCUCGUUCUUUCUUUAUUCAUAUUUCUUCUAUUCGCCCUCCCUGUCUCUCUGCCUCUCUCUCUCUCUCUCUCUCUCUCUCUCUCUCUUAGUUUCAUCUUCAGGCAUUCCACUCUCUCCGUUACACCAUUCCUCUCUUUCUCUCUAUCUCUUCCUUUCCUAUUCUUCAUUUCUCUCCCCUCUACUCUCUCUCUGUCUCUCUUUCCAAUGCAACUCUGCUUAUUCUCUCUCUCUGUUUUUAUUUUCUUUCAUUCUCUCUCUCUCUCUCUCUCUCUCUCUCUCUCUCUCUCUCUCUCUCUCUGUCUUCAUUACAAACUCCCUAAUUUUCUCCCUUUGUGUUUCACCUUCCCUCUUCUCCCCGCUAUUUUUAUCUUUCACACUGCUCUCUCUCUCUCUCUCUCUCACGUCCCUCUUUUUGUUCUCUCUCUCUCUCUAACUCUCUUUCUAUUUCUCCACCUCUCUCUCUCUCUUUCUUUAUUCAUGACACUCUUUGCUUUUUCUUUCUUCUCAUCUUAUUCUCUUUCUUCCAUCCACUUCAGCUACCCCUUCAUUCAUUUAUUUAUUCGUUCCGACAUCAAUCUUUACUACCUUUUGUUCCUUGAGCUUAAAGUUUUCAAUUCCUUCCCUCCGCCAUAA